AUGGCGACCGAGGCCAAGAAGCUCGACGUGUUCUCGACCACGAGUGACUACUCCAAGACCUAUGCGAUCCACGACGAAGACCAUACACUGGGCAACGCGCUGCGCUACGUUCUGAUGCGCAACCCGGACGUCGAAUUUUGCGGCUACACGAUCCCGCACCCGUCCGAGCCCAAGAUGCACGUCCGUCUGCAGACCCGUCAAGGUGCACCUGCGGACGAGGCGCUGCGUUCGGGUCUCACGGAUCUGCGCAUCGUGUCGAAACACAUUGCAGAGGCCUAUCGCAAGGAGCUGAAGGCGUUCAAGCGCAAGACCCGCAAGUCGUAG